UUCAGACAUAGGGCAGCUUGAUGUAUAUGAUACGAAGACUAAUCAAUGGACAAAUAUUCGAUCAAUUCCUAGGUGGCAACAAAAAAUGGAGUUAUUCCCCCCCAUUAUUUUUCACUCAGCAACUCUAUUACCCGAUAAUCAAAGUAUACUUAAAUAUGGAGGUAUCAAUCAAACAGGCGGAUAUUCUGGUCUAGCAGUUCUGAGUCUUUCAAAUUAUGUGUGGACAGUUAUAUCUCCGACUGGAAGAGCGCCAUCUUUAGGCCACAAAGCUACACUAUAUUUUGAUGUUAUAAUUUUUUCAUUCG